UCUUUUUUUUACCCGGGAAUACGCAUUUCGACAUCAAGGAGAGAGAUCAAGGAGAGCCUGGAAACAACAUUGGCAUCUCAUCCCUCUCAUCCAACUUCCCCCCAAUCUCUCUUUCUGGCUUUACAGCACUGACCAGAUAUUAAGAUGAGCUCGGAACAUGUGGACCAGGCGGACGCUCAGAGUGAACAAGCUGACAUUGAACAAAAUGGUAUUGACUUCACCAGACAACAGAUCAAAACAGAAGACCUGAACGACUCCCCCCACUCCACUACACCACACAAGACAUGCCACCUGACGCAAGGCUCCUACCUGCCAGGAGGCUCCCUCGCAGGGGACCUUCCAUCUCUGCACCCCAUCCCUCAGCUAGUGCUGAUGUCCGGCUCCCACCUGCCCUCCUCUUCCCCCUUUCUCCUGUCACAAGCACAGUCAUCACACCAAGCUCUGCUACAGCCGAACCUGCUGUCCUUGCCCUCUCAAUCCCAGACAGGACUGCUGCCGCACCAACCUGGCCUCGCACUCACUCCACAGGGUAUGAGUCGUGCCGGCCUGGCGGGGCCCUCGGUGGAGGGGCACCUGGAGAUGUCCCACCUGCAGGUGCCCAAGCACAUGGGCGCCUCCCCCCAGGACGAGCCCAGCGACCUGGAGGAGCUGGAGCAGUUCGCCAAGUCCUUCAAGCAGAGGAGGAUCAAACUGGGCUUCACACAGGGUGAUGUGGGUUUGGCCAUGGGGAAGCUGUAUGGGAAUGACUUCAGCCAGACCACUAUUUCCCGGUUUGAGGCUCUCAACCUGAGCUUCAAGAACAUGUGCAAGCUGAAACCACUGCUGGAGAAGUGGCUGAGCGAUGCAGAGAGCUCUCCCUCUGAGACCAUGAGUAACCAGACCACGCUACCGCAGCUGAUGGAGGGAUAUGGCAGGAAGAGGAAAAAGAGGACAAGCAUAGAGACCAACAUCAAACUCACACUCGAGAAACGCUUUGGAGAUAAUCCCAAGCCCAACUCGGAGGAGAUAGCACUGAUCUCGGAGCAGCUGUCCAUGGAGAAGGAGGUGGUGCGCGUCUGGUUCUGCAACCGGAGGCAGAAGGAGAAGAGAAUCUACUGCCCCGUCACCUCCUCACCCAUGAAGUCACACAACUUCAACUCCCGGGUGCCGACAUCCAGACCCUACAGCCCCCUCACCACAGGUGGAGUGUCUUCCAGUUCGUCUCCCGGCAGCCCGGGUCGAGGGUCGUCUCCGAGUGGACUCUCCUCUGCCUCCAACCCUCUGACCUCACAGGGCAUCAACCAGGCCUUCGGCAACCCAGGGUCCUGGUAUCGUUCGUGGAGUCACACGUCUUAUCAUCACUGAGAGGAACCCAAGCCAGGAGAGGCUAUACCCAGAGCCUGUGGAUCAGGUCAUGGGCUUUGUACAUGAAGGUUGUUUUCUAUUUUUUUGUUCACUGAUGUUGGUGAAACGGUUGAAGAAAAGGAUUUUGGAGCAACAUUUCAAAGUAAAACCUCGGUCAUCAUGAUGAAGAUUUUUUUGUUGACCAUGAAAUAGGACCGACUGAAGUUUACUUGGCUGUCUGUUAGCCGGAAUGGCUAUUUUUUAUUUCCCUGAAAAACUGUGCAGUGAUGAGUUGCAUACAAGGUUCACUAAAUUUCAAAUGUGUAUAUAUCAUUUCAUAGAGUUAAAUGCUUGUAGGGACAUUCAAAGCAGAGAGCCACAGAGGGUGUGAGAGGACCAUUGGAAAGGAAUGUAGGCCCUUCUCAAGACAACGAAAAAUGACUCUCACAGAACUGUUCAUCCUUUUCAGAGUGUUUACAUUACAGUUCUCCCUGCCUCUCGGGAUUGCCAGCACAGGCAUACAAACAGAGCCCUCACAUUUUUGGUUAAUAUACUGUAUGUAUGUGCCUUUCUACCUUCUAUAUACUGUAAAUAAACAUCAUGACAAAGAAUUCAUUCACAA